AUGGCGUCUGGAGGCAUCGCCCGCGGCCGCCUCGCCGAGGAGCGCAAGUCGUGGCGCAAGAACCACCCCCACGGGUUCGUGGCCAAGCCGGAGACCCUGCCGGAUGGGACCGUCAACCUCAUGGUCUGGAAGUGCGUCAUCCCCGGCAAGCAAGGCACUGACUGGGAGGGUGGGUAUUUCCCCCUGACUCUGGAAUUUAAUGAUAAUUACCCAAGUAACCCUCCCACCUGCAAGUUUCCGGCAGGUUUCUUCCAUGUCAAUGUCUACAACACCGGGGAAGUGUGCCUAUCAAUCCUGAGUGAGACCUGGAAACCUUCUAUCACUGUAAAGCAGGUUCUUGUAGGCAUACAGGAGUUGCUUGAUGACCCAAAUCCUAGCUCUGCUGCACAGGAUGCUUCUUACAGACUUUAUUCAAAGAAUAUGCCGGAGUACAAGAAUCGUGUCCGGCAGCAGGCGAAGCAAUAUCCUUCACGGGUGUAGUUACGAACCAUCUGCAAGAUAACUCCCAUCUAUUAUUAAUCUGUGACCGUGUUGUGAUGUGACCAUCAUUUCUUUGAUG